CAGAGAAAAGGCAUUUGGGGUGCUCUGCAAGGAACCGGGCCCCUUGUUCCCAGGUCCUCUCCUCCUGCACCCCGGCUUUGAGCUCUGAGCUGCCGCCCAGGACAUGGCAGGCCCCGUGAGCGUCGCCGCCGGACUCCUGCUCCUGGCCCUGUGUGCCUACCACCUCGCCCCCACAGGCUCCGUGGCCAUCCCCAUUUCCUGCUGCAUGACCUUUGUUUCCAAGAAAAUUCCCGAGAGCCGAGUGAUCAGCUACCAACUGUCCAACGGGAGCGUCUGCCCCAAGGCAGGAGUGAUCUUCACCACCAAGAAGGGCCUGAGUUUCUGCGGAGACCCCAAGCAGCAGUGGGUCCAGAAGUACAUGAAGAAAUUGGAUGCCAAGCAGAAGAGAGCUUCCAUGCGGGCCAAGGCAGUGGGCGCCAAGGUCCCUGCCCAGAGACGCCCUGGCAACAGCACCACCUCCUAAUCGCCAGCCAGCCUCUGGCCCUGAGCUUGGGCCUGGCUCCUUGCCAGGCUGCUUGGGGCCUGGGGCAGCCAGCAGUGAUGGGGGAGAGCUGAUUUUCCUGUGUCUGAGCAACACUCUCCAGGCUUGUGUCUAUUCUAUGAAAGACCCAAGGGAGUAGCAAGUCAGGUCCCUGAGGGCUGAGCGACGGGUCUGAACACACAGAGCCCCUCGCCUUCCCUGAGCUGGGGGAGAAGGUCCCGGAAGGAGGGUGGUGGUGGCCUUUUGCCCCUCUCCUCCCAACCUGGACCUGGCUCUUCUCUGACUUCCAGGCCCUCAGAGCCCAGGCACAUGGGACCCGAGCCCCUGGGGGCACAGGCACACGUUGCUGGCACCACCGCCUGCAGCUGGCUUCCAAGGGCCCUCUGCUCUUGGGGCCUAAUGGCCAUCUGACUGUCUCUGUCUGGGGGACCUGCCAACAGCUGCAGCUCUCCAGCAUGUCAGGGAUGCUCCAGGCCGGUCCCACUUCCCGCAUCAAAGAGUGAAUAAAACCCCGACAGAAGUAGAGGGGCCCCUUGGCUGCCUUCACUGCUGGAUCCCAGCCCUCCUUGUGCACUUCUCAUCGGUUAUAAUUAAUCAAAUUUUCAGGAACUCAUUGGUUUUUGCAAAGAAAUGAACAUGGAGGCGCAGGGUGAAACUACACAGCUUGGCAGUUUCACCUUUGUCAAGAAAUGACUUUGAGGAGAUGUUCUGCUCUGCGACACAGCUUGCUUCUGCUGCUUUGCGGACAAAAACCAGCUCUGUCUGUACAGCUGGGCUUUCCCCACAUUUAGGUGAGGGGAUCAUGGGUGGGGACAUAGGGGGGAGACAGACCUCAGCUUUUUAUUUUCUACACGUGAGAUACUGUGUGAUUUUGUUUGUUAAGAGUGUAGAUACAAUCACUGUUCUUAAAUGACAGUCCAAAGUAAACUGAGA